CAUUUAUUGAUAAAAAAGAUGCAAAAAAAAUUUGAUAUACAUCAAUUACAUUUAAACCUAAUUUUUAAUUCCGCUUCUUUUUUCAUUUCCGUUUCUCAUCAGUCACCCCCCAGCCCCGCUCUCUUCUUUUCCUUCUCUUUCUCUCUCUUCGAAACCCUAGCUCGCUAUUCUCUUCCUUGCUCUUACUGGUGGAUCUCAAAUUGCAAUGGAGUACGGCGGCGGUCGCAAGAGAGGCAGGGCCGAGGCUGCUCUGAAUGGCAAUGGCGGUCCCAAGAAAACCAAGCAAGUACUUCUGGGUGCCCAUUUGGUGAGGGAUGUCAUUUCUUGCAUUAUGUUCCUGGUGGAUUCAAAGCUGUGUCUCAGAUGCUUCACCUUGGUGGCAACCCGCCUAUUCCACCAGCAUCUAGAAAUGCAGGAGUCCCACCAUCUUUUCCAGAUGGCGCAUCUCCUUUAGCAGUGAAGACCCGUUUGUGCAAUAAAUACAAUACAGCUGAAGGUUGUAAGUUUGGGGAUAAAUGCCACUUUGCGCAUGGUGAGUGGGAGCUUGGGAAACCUCCUGGUCCAUCCUUUGAAGAUCCUCGUUCAAUUGGUCCAAUUUCAGGUAGGAUGGGCCGUCAAAUGGAGCCUCCUCACCAAGGUUUUGGUGCUGCUUCCAGCUUUGGGGCCUCUGCCACUGCUAAGAUCAGUAUCGAUGCUUCACUUGCUGGAGCCAUCAUUGGGAAAAAUGGUGUAAACUCGAAGCAAAUCUGUCGUCUUACAGGGGCCAAACUUUCAAUAAGGGAGCAUGAGACUGACCCCAACUUAAGGAAUAUUGAGUUAGAGGGUACAUUUGAUCAAAUCAAUCAAGCAAGCGCCAUGGUUCGUGAGCUCAUUGGGAAUGUCAGUCAAGCUUCUGGUGCUCCAAUGAAGAACCCUGUUAUACAUUCUGGUCCAACAAACAACUUCAAAACUAAGCUUUGUGAGAAUUUUGCUAAAGGAUCUUGCACUUUUGGGGAUAGGUGCCACUUUGCACAUGGAACUGAGGAAUUGCGCAAGCCAGGGAUGUGAACCUGUUCUCUAUUCCCUUUUUUCUUUUGUUAAAUCUUUUACUGCUCUUUUCCUCUGCUUUAGGACACAUUCUUGUUGUAGCCUGUGGGUAUUUGGUGUGUCUACCAAAUAUUUUUGUAUGCAAAGAUUAGACAGAUGCCAACCGUGAGAGCCUUUUCGGUAUUUUCUAUUCGGUAAAUUUUUUAUGAUUUGGGCUAUUUGCACUUUCGGCUGUACUAUGUUCAAACUUAUGGUAGGAACUUCCCAGGUUGAAUUCAUAAUAGGAGCUUCCAUAUUAAUAUUU